AUGGGAGCCGUUUCCGGUGCUUUUCUGAGGGGGCGAAAGGAGGAGGGAGAAACAGCAAUCAUGUCGUCCUCUGAAUCCCGCUCCAACUGGUCUUUCUCCAAUGCCUUCACCCUCGCAUGGGCUAACCUUCUGGCCGUCUCCCCGAAGAAGGGAUCAGUUUUGAAUAUUGAUGUUCCAGAACCUCUCCCACCCCGCAAUUCCCUCCGACGUAUCUCCCUCCAAAAUCGCGCUGAAACAAAAAGCACCGACACUCACUACCUUCACAGCUAUGGCUCGCUGAAUCUACCC